AUGGCUGCAGAGUCCUCUUCGCCCUCCAGCGGCCCAGCGGGCGUGAGGCUGCCGCGGGCACCGCCGCUCAAGGUGCUGGCGGAGCAGCUACGGCGCGACACAGAAGGCGUCCCGGGCGCGUGGCGGCUGUCGCGGGCGGGCCGCGGGCCGCUGGAGCUGGCGGCCGUUUGGAUGCAGGGCACAGUGAUGGCGGCAGACGGCGGUGAGGCGCGGCUGCGGGACCCGAGCGGGGCCUUCGCGGUGCGCGGCCUGGAGCGAGUGCCGCGCGGGCGGCCCUGCCUCGCCCCAGGAAAGUACGUGAUGGUUAUGGGCGUGGUUCAGGCGUGCAGCCCUGAGCCGUGCCUUCAAGCUGUGAAGAUGACCGAUCUGUCGGAUAACCCCGUCCAUGAAAGCAUGUGGGAACUGGAAGUGGAAGAUUUACACAGGCAUAUUCCUUAG